AUGGCUCUUGGAGUACUUUCUGUGUUAUGUUGGAGAAAGUUUAAGAACCUCAGUUUCAUGGAACAGUUCCUUGACUACAGACAAGUUCCUACUGCUACAGAGGCCAAUGAAAACACUGAGUCUAUAAAGGAGAACGGACAUGUUGAAAAAGUCAAGGAACCAAAUGACAAGCGAAUUCAACAGAAAGGUCUGCUGCUUAUACUGUUUGUGUAUAAUUAGAGGCGCGAUGUAAAGGUUGUCUGGUUUAUUUUGUUAUAAUUAUUAUGGAACUUAACGUUAUCAAAGAAAUUACUUGUAAAAGAUAAAAUCACAGCUUCCUGUCCAACAUAUAUACCUCUCAAGCAUAGAUCUAACUUCAUACACAACAAAUGAACUUUGAAAACCCGUUAACCUAACAAGUUUUCAAAAUCCUCAAUUGCAUGCAAUCCGUUUUAAUCUUUCUCAAGUUUGUCCAUCGGUGCCUCCUUUAGUAUUUGUUGUGUUAUCUAUACUCCCUUUUAACGUUUUGAGCGGUUAUUUUUAUAUUUCACCCGGAUUUGGUGGUGGUUCCAAGCGUUUAAAUCUUGAUAUCCCGAACUUUAAGUCCGUAAAUGUGAUCUUUGUUUUACGAACUAUAGUGCGACCACCUCUAGUAAGCGACCAUCGAUAUAAAACACCUACAUUUUUCCUGUUAAAGCCCUGCAGUUGGAACCUGUCGUUGGCUCGUGCGGCGACCGCGUCCACUUUUUGGGACAAUUGUAGCCUGCGUAGCAGGCGCUUAGAAGUUGUGGACACCAGAAAAAACGGGCGCGCGAGUAGGAGACACCCGUCGCGUGUGUCCCUCGCGCGCGCCCGUUCUCUCUUUCGCCAGCUACUUCCAAGCGCCUGCUACGCAGGCUAGGACAAUUGUUUUGACACAUGGUCUGAUCUCUAUGUUCGCUGUACGUACUAUUGGAAUUUCGACUAACCGUUACUGAUAACAUGGAACUACCCACAUCAAAAAUACAGUGUUAGUUCUGCUUCGAAUCUGUACCUGUGAGUAUAAAUAAUUUACAACAGGGCCAUUACUCAAACUACAUUUUUCUUCCCUUACUUUUCCCUUUUUAAAUGUUUAACUUAAGAUUGAAAAAAACAAAAAAAAAAUUUAAACUAUGCGAUGAAACAACAACUUGAAUUUGCACACAUUUUUUUAAAUUUAACUCUUUAUGAAACAGGUGAGAACAAUGUUUAGAGCCAGUUCACAAACAAAAUGUUUCGGUUUCGUAGAUUUAAUUAUUAAACCUUUUGUUUCCCUUUCUAGUAGGUGACGAAGAGAAAAAGAAGAAGAUUCCUCCUAGACAAUAUCCGGUAUCCAACCCACCUCCCUGGAUCCCCAAACCGGAAGUAAGUGUAGUAUCUGUUCAGCCUCAGGAUUCUUCGAUUAAGGACGAUGACGAGGUUCCUUAUUCCAGCUCAGACGAAGAAGAGAUGGUCACGGUAAAUAAAUUUAUGAAUGUUAAAAACGCUUUAAAAACCGGNGUACUAUUGGAAUUUCGACUAACCGUUACUGAUAACAUGGAACUACCCACAUCAAAAAUACAGUGUUAGUUCUGCUUCGAAUCUGUACCUGUGAGUAUAAAUAAUUUACAACAGGGCCAUUACUCAAACUACAUUUUUCUUCCCUUACUUUUCCCUUUUUAAAUGUUUAACUUAAGAUUGAAAAAAACAAAAAAAAAAUUUAAACUAUGCGAUGAAACAACAACUUGAAUUUGCACACAUUUUUUUAAAUUUAACUCUUUAUGAAACAGGUGAGAACAAUGUUUAGAGCCAGUUCACAAACAAAAUGUUUCGGUUUCGUAGAUUUAAUUAUUAAACCUUUUGUUUCCCUUUCUAGUAGGUGACGAAGAGAAAAAGAAGAAGAUUCCUCCUAGACAAUAUCCGGUAUCCAACCCACCUCCCUGGAUCCCCAAACCGGAAGUAAGUGUAGUAUCUGUUCAGCCUCAGGAUUCUUCGAUUAAGGACGAUGACGAGGUUCCUUAUUCCAGCUCAGACGAAGAAGAGAUGGUCACGGUAAAUAAAUUUAUGAAUGUUAAAAACGCUUUAAAAACCGGCAAAUUAUCCUCUUCCCGCCCCAAAGAUUGGGCAACGCAGAUUUUUUGGGCAGCAAGAGAAAAUUUGGGCAAAGCCAGUUUUUAAAGACGUUUCCAUGUUUUUUUAUUUUUAUUAUUAUUUUGAAGAGAUAAAUAUUUCCUAUUUUAACCAGAAGUCGGAGUAAUAAUUCAGUUACGUUCACACGAGACAGUAGUUGCCUAGCACGUGAUGAGUUUCUGGUUAUAAGGGAAGGGUAUCAUAUGCUGAUUUUUUUUAUUGUUGGGCACUGUACUUCACUGGACUAGCUAGAAUAGGCUAUUUCCAGUCGUGAAUUGAUUAUAGAAUAAACUUCCGCAUAACUUUCUAGAAUCAUCUCCGCUCCUAGAACAGUGUGUGGCGGAACACGCAUCAGCAAUGGGUCUGAAAGUGAAGAAGUGGCUGACUUCUCAGUUUGAAUUACGAGAAGAAUCAUAAUUUUUUUAAAAAAAUCUAUCGAGCGGUUUAAAAAUUAUUCAUUGAUUUGUUUAAGUAGACCGAAAAGUUUACAAAACCCCUAACAAGAUCGAGCGCUUAUCAAAUCCUUCUUUAUUGGCAGGAGCUAUCUCCAUGAUCUUUCACACACGCUUUUAAAAAUAUUGAAACUACUAUGAAGUGAAAUUGCAUGUUAAAAGCGUUUCGUUUUCUUCAGAUUGCGACUAAAAUCGAUCAUCCCAAAAUAUCUCGAUAACGCUCUUACAGUUCCGUUUUAACUUCAUGAACAUCGAGGCGACUGUUGGAGGAAAGAACUCCCCUGAACGAUUUUGUAAGAACAGUUCCCAGUGAGAAAUAUUGCUGCAAGUAGAAUAAGGUAAUGGCGUCAUUUCGUUGCUAUGACAGCUCCGAUGUCAUUGCAAUCCUGAUCAUGACAAAUUUCCCUCUUUAUCUAAUACAACUGUCGUGGCAAUUUUUUCCAAAUGUUUGUUUGUGGCGACGAAGUUUAUGCUCAAACUUGGCAGGUAUUGACUCUGAAAAACUGUAUCGAGCCACUUUCAUAUGCCAGUACGGCCUAUUUUGUUGCAUAGCCCUAGUUUCCUUUCGACUGUUUUGUAAAAAUUUGGGCAACUUGCAAGAAUUUUUUGGGCAAAUGGAUUACCGCCCCCCUGGCAAAAACAUUGCCCGUACGCCUAUGCUUUCUAUAACUUGUAACGUAAAUUCAACUUGGGCUAAACGCCGUUUUUUCUAAGGCUAUUCAAAAACCUAUUAUUUACUUAUACGUUAUUAUAACUUAAUCCAGGGAAUAUAUUGCAUCUAUGAUGACUAAAAGCUUGGUUAGCAAUGGUGGCAUCUAUCGUAAAAAAUGGCAAGAGGGAGCUUUCGACGCCUGUUACCCUUUCUUAAACAGUCGUUGCCAUUUAUAACGGUCGGUCGGUUAACCAAGCUUUUUCUAAGGAAACAAUUUUAAACCUUGUUUAACUGGACUGCUUUUAAACGCGUUUAAACUUUGUGUAAAUGGAGUGUAUACUUGUCCUAACUAAAUCACCAACUAUUUUAACGUUUGUUUUUGUUCAUAGUCCACAGUCCCUCGAGAAAAUAUAACGCCAUACGACCUAUCAGACUCAGGCCCCCCGGAGCGAUUUACUCCACCGAGUGAAGCAGAAUUCCUCGGUCGAGUAUACUUUUCUCUUCAGUUUGAUGNCCUGUUCAGAGUGGUGUCUUUCGGGACUUACAGAUUUUCUGCAAAAUUAUCAAAAAGUUCGAUAUUUUGCUCAUUUGUCAAUAAAAGGCAGUGUAAACAGCUGGUGUAAAAGAUACUUUAUAAUUAUCUGUAGUUUCGAUAUGACGCGACCCUCAAAAACGACAAUUUUCUGUCUUUAAAUCGGGCUCUGGAGGAGACGAAUUGGCCCGGACGUGAUCGCGCCUGUGGACAGCGGAAAUAUAUUAUUUGCAAAAAAGAAAAUCAUUUUUAUUACUUAUAUACCAAACCCUUUUAGUGUACAAAGUUUAAAGGGAAACUUUUUUCUGACGCGAAAUCGAUCGGACCGCUGUUAGCGGGACUGCCUCUUAAAUGAAGUUUUUGAAUUUGGCUUGCCUUAUGAAGUUGUGAAGAAACAGAAUUUGAGCUUCACCUUAAUGUACAUGGACAAAUUUUCUCACCCCUUCCCUGUGGGGGAGUUGACGCAUCAUCUGGAUCACCUGGAGAUGGUAGGAUCUGAAACUGUUCGAGAAGAAAUGAUCGUGUGUAGAGAAAUGCAAAGACUUCAGCAGGUAUGGCCAGAUUAGCAGGGGAUUAUAAUAAUGCAAAGCAAGAUAAAAAGUUUAUUAAACAUUUCUGAUGGUGUACUUGGCCUGUACAGGCUCCAAUUAAGUAGGAAUCUUCAGGUGUCAGUGACGCCGAUGGCCGAGAAAACGUCGCUUAAAAAGUAAAUUCGCGUUUUUUCAUUCUUCAUUGCAAUUAUUCUAUUCACUUACUUUUUCAUAUGCAAGCGAACGGUCCUUAGAAGCUGAAUUGCAAGGAACGAUGCCAAGGUUCAGAAAGGGAAAGAAAAUUUCGUCAACGUCGCUUGUUUGCGUUCUCCAUAAAAAGAGAAGUUAGGUAAUAGGCCUGUCUCGUUUGUCACACUCAAGCGUUUUGCCGUCCUCUUCUUUAUGCCGUCCUGUUGCGUAAACUAUUUUCUCUUGACAUUAUAAAUUUCGCGCAGGAGCCCAUAACCCGAAGGGAACAACUCCCGUACUAUGUCACGGCGUUUUUACAGGCCACGUAGUUUAUUUUUAGACACAUUUUAGGGCAAUUUUUCCUGCGAAAAAAUAAUCACCAACAUGUAUAUGUGAGCGCAUUCGAAGAACAAGAUAUCAAAAAGGAAAAAUAAACGUUAUUAAAAGGUACAAAAUAUCAUUUUUAGGUCUGUAGGUUUUGCUGACUGGUUUGUAAUAUUUACAAGAUAUUCAAAAUUCGCGCCAAAACCGUUCUAAAAAUGAACCGGUCAGUGAAAACGCCGUGACUCGACCGCAUGGACGUUGCUCUCUCCGGGUGAUGGGCACUUGCUUUGCCACGUUCCCACUGUCUGAGAGCCUUCACGAGCUAAUGUGUAUUGUACAGUCAUUAUUUUUAAAGGAUCAAGGAUCGUUUUCCCGAGUCAGAAUUUUAUUCUCCGAAUGUGCAUCCAUAAACAAAACAAGAAUCCACUAAUUAACUAUUGCAACAAAAAAAUUAAACUCCAACAAACCUACACUGACACAAGAAGGCGAUAAGAAAAUUUAGUAGCUAUCACAUUUAUUGCCGACACUUUAAUAUACGAAGAUAUACCUCUUUUAUUCACUUUUCCUGACAGGCGUUGUUGUAUUUAAGUUGGAAAAAAAUGCUCUUUUCCAGGUAAAAGACCAGCCACGUGACCUUGGAUUUGGUCAAGUGUUGUUCUCCCUCAUGUUCAUGCCGCUGACCAGACGACUGACGAUCGUUAUAUUUAAAGCACAGCACUUGAGGCCUGUCAAGGAAGGCUUCCCAGGUCAGAGCAGUUUCGCAGUUUACGCUUGUUUGAAAAUGAUUCACCGUAUUUCGUCCAGCUCUGUUAAGCCUCCUUUCGGUCCUGAAGCCGGUUUCGUCCUUAUUUUUCCCGGGUAUACACUGUGUUACUAAUAUAACCAGUUUAAUGACCAGCUCCAAGUUGGCAUGUUAGCCCACUGGUUAGAGUGCUGCACCGCGGUAUCGCAGAGGUCAGGGUUCGAGUCUGGUGAAGCCUGAAAAAUUUCAGGCUUUCUUUUCACAGCUGCAUAAGUUGAGUCUUUGAUGAUUGCGAUGAUCUUCUUUGCAUACUGAACUGUCAUCAUAAUUUAAUGCUUACAAUUUUCUUUGCUCAUUAUGUGUCGACUGCUAAGAAAAUGAGUAUAAAGUGCAGCAAUUUCACCAAGUAGUGCGGGUGUAAAACGCGUAAACUUUUAACUUCUACGUGCGAACAGAUAUGGCUUCUUUACUAGUUUAAAAAACUGUUUCGACACUUGAAAGUCAAGUACAAUCUUCUCAUCCUUAUUGCAUUCAAUAUGAUGGGUGGGAGCUAUAAAUUUAACCAUUAGCGCCUUUCAGACUUUUUCAUGAGGGACGUGUAGCCUCACUAGAGGAAAUACGUCAUGCUUGUUGCUCACUUUCACAAAACAGAUUACCAGCCAGUACAUCGUUUCAAUAUUAGUUGACGUCAAAAAUUUGUCAGUAUGUCGAUUAGCCUCGACAAUAGUUGUCUAAUAUAAGACAGAAUUUUGACAAAUCGCUUUAUUUGUUUCAUUUCAGCUAUCUACGUCGAGAUUGUCAUGAUCAACGUCAAGAAAAGGCAGCGAAAACGAAAGCCAACGACAUUAAGAACAGGGAGUCUGUUUCCAGUUUACAAUGAAGCGCUUGCUUUUGAUGUUGCUGACGCUAAUUUAGAGGAUAUCCGUUUACAAGUUUUUGUGAAACAGGAGAUGGAAAGUUCACCUGACCAAGUCAUAGGCCGUGUUGUCCUGGGGACAAAUGCAGAGGGACUAGAACUACAACACUGGAAAGAGGCUAUGACGUCGAAGAAACCUAUUGCGCAAUGGCACAGUUUGCGAGAAUAUCAUCCCGCUGACCAAACAAUUCACGGCGUCAUAUCACCAACGCAUAAAUCUGUGAUAUCUAAGCGAAAAAUUGCGAGAUUCUUCGCCACGUCUUCAGAAGAUGAAGGUUAA